GAGAGCGCGCGCAAUGAAUAUGGCCAGAGAGAGUGAAUAAAACUCGCUCCGGCACUUGUUCGUCACACAUUUGUAAGUGUGAAACAACCAGCGGCAGCGCGCUGGAUUCUUCGCGCGGACGCAGCCAGACACGUUCCCGCGCAAGAGCUACCAAAGCAAAUAGUUUGGCAUUUACGGAGCAUCUCUGUUAAUUCUCACCAGUUCUCUGACGGGGAGGUCGCGCUUCUCUCCCGCAUUUGAACUCUCACCAUCCUGCCGCCUUCAUCUCUCUGAUCCCUCCGCGGAAAUCCAUCUGCACCUGAACAGCGCCGUACCGGACCGUUGGAUUUGCGUUGACGCCGUGGGGACAGACGGAGGGGGUCUUCACCAUGGAUUCUGACUUUUUAAACACUUAAACCGAUGCACCGCAAACCCACACUGAAGAAGUUGAUCGCGCUUUACAGUAGGUGAUUUCCUCCCUCUUCUUCUUUACCAAACGGGAUGCUUCAGGUUCACAGUUGCGCGGGGUGAGAAGAUCACGAAAGACUGAAGAAAAGCGAGUGGGGAGAGAGAGAGAGAUCGAGGGAUUAUGGCUCUCUUGCAUCUCUGUGUCUUUAUUCUGACGCUCCCCUGUAUGAACUUUGACCUGGUGAAUGCGGCCAGGCACGCGGUACACUGGAACAGUUCAAACAUACUACUUCGUAAGGAGGGCUACACGGUGCAGGUGAAUGUGAAUGACUAUCUGGAUAUCUACUGUCCUCACUACAACAGCAGUCAGAGGGGCGUGGCCGAGCAGUAUGUCCUCUACAUGGUCAGCUACCGAGGCUACCGUACCUGUGACCCACAGCUGGGCUUUAAACGCUGGGAGUGUAACCGCCCCCACGCCCCCCAUGCACCAAUCAAAUUCUCUGAAAAGUUUCAGCGUUACAGCGCCUUCUCGCUCGGUUACGAGUUUCAUGUCGGACAGGAGUAUUAUUAUAUCUCCACGCCCACUCAUCACCAUGGCCGCAGCUGCCUGAGACUGCGAGUGUAUGUUUGCUGCUCAACAGCAUCUGAUUCAGAUGAUGAGCCGCAGCCCACAGAGCCAGACUACACUCUGAGACCUAACAUCAAAAUCGAUGACCUCGAUGACUAUGAUAAUCCAGAGGUUCCCAAAUUGGAGAAGAGCAUCAGCGGUAGCAGCCCAUCCCGGGAUCGCCUUCUUCUGACGGUGGCAUCGCUUUUCCUCAUUGCCCUCUCUGUCUCCUAGCAUCCACCUCUCGACCGUCGCCAUACCAACGAGGCCUUGGGGCAAGGAAGGGUCCAGGGCCGAUUUAAAUAAAGCAAUGGACAGAUGGAUGUUUGGAAAGAUGCUACAGCAGCUUGCUGAGUGUUGAGCACCAGCCCACAAUUCAACAGUGCUAUUCUUGUCUUACAAUAGGGACACACCUUGUGUGUCCUACAGACAAUACUAUUAUGGAUUUUAACACUAUAAUGACAACCGUGCCAUUUCGGUUACAAUGGGGGGUGUACUUUCUGCGUGCGUGUGUUUUGUAUGUUAAGGGUUUGUGUGAGUCUGGUGUUUGGGGUGGGGCAGAUCUUUCCUUCAUGCUUAAGGUUAGAUAGCAACAUUCAUUCGUGGAUUGGCAGGUUAAAAGUUUAAGAGCUUCUCAGAUUCUGAGAUUACUCCUAAGCCCAACUUCUGCAAAAUAAGACACAUUUUUAAUUUCACGUAAUUGCAAAGCUAGUGUUUGUUUGGCAAUGCUUUCAGAAAAUAUAAAAUCUAAAGUAAACAACAAAGGAAAACUGUAUUUUAUUAAGCAUUAAAAUCCGAUUACAUCAGA